CAUGACAAUAGCGCGAGGUAUAUGACCACCGGAAACAGUCCGCAUUGAGAGCCGGCAACGUAGAUAAGUACAUUGUAAGCACACUCGACAUUACCACAGGGCAAAAUGGUCGACGCUGCUCGAACUCCGCUUUAUUUGUUCCUUGUUUUUUAUAUGAUGAAUGUGGUUACGGUUCAUACUGAAGAAGAUAAAAGUGAAGAUACAAGCAUUGAUUCCCAUGUCAAUUGCACCGACUAUCAAGACAUCGUCAAGGCAUUCAACAUGUCUAAUAUACUUUGGAUUCUUGGCUUCAACUUUCAUAGCAAUCAUAGCGCAACAAGAUCAUGUAUUUUCUUGAACGUAUCGAACCUCAGUCCUGCGGAAAUGAAUUACUCGAGUAACUUUAUAAAGAAUGGCUCAAGAGGCUCGUUCCAAUACCAUGGAACUUUCUAUUCGACCCCGUAUACAAUUGGUGAUGGAGAGAAGAGACGUGAAACACCAAACAGCGUCACAGUUCGCACAAAUCAAAGUGUUCCUGAUGCCCUCCCGGAAAUGAAUUAUACACUAAUAUAUUCAGAUUACGAAGUUUGCAUGCUUCUUCGAUUAACAAGCCUAGGCAGAGGGUAUGGGUGUAUGGUUCUCCUUACAACUGCAAAUGUAACCAAUGGAAUGCCGCCUCAUUGCGAGAAGGUCUACAAUAACUCAUGCGGAAGAUAUCACCAGUUCCAUCAAAUUUUCAACAAUACCUGCGACCUAAAUGUGACUGGAGCAAGUAGUCGCGCUCCUGAAGAAUGAAUAAAUGAAUAAAUUUCAGGGCUGCUUCA